AAAAAUUGGGAGAUUGAUUUCAAUUCAACAAUCAAAACGACACUUUGCUUCCGUCUCUAUAUUUUCUCCCAAUUCCCUUCGUUAGGGUUAGGUUUUUUUUCUGUCGUAAUUUUUCUUUCUUUGAUUUUGCAUUGAGAACCUCUUCUUUUUUCUUCAGUACAGAAUUUGCAAUUUUAUAGAAAAUGGUAGGAACUGGAUGUUCAGAAGAUGGUGGUGCACAUGCAGAGCCUCCUGAUCCUGACAUUCUUGAGAUUGAUCCAACUUCUCGCUAUAUAAGGUAUAAUGAAGUGCUUGGGAACGGUGCUUUCAAGUCAGUUUACAAAGCAUUUGAUGAAGCUAAUGGAAUUGAAGUUGCAUGGAGCCAAGUUAGGAUUGAUGAGGUCCUACAGAAGCCAGAAGAUUUGGAGAGACUGUAUUCUGAAGUGCGGCUCUUGAAAUCGUUGAAACAUAGUAAUAUUGUGCGGUUUUUCAAUUCUUGGAUUGAUGAUAAAAAGAAGACUGUCAAUAUUAUAACUGAGUUGUUCACCUCAGGCAGCCUCAGACAGUACCGUAAGAAACACAAGAAGGUUGAUAUGAAAGCAGUGAAGAGUUGGGCAAGACAGAUUUUAGCUGGUUUAGUAUACCUGCAUAGUCAUGACCCACCAAUUAUACAUAGGGAUUUGAAGUGUGAUAACAUAUUCAUCAAUGGCAACCAAGGUGAAGUUAAAAUUGGUGAUCUUGGGUUGGCUACUGUUUUGGAGCAAUCUAAUGCAAAAAGUGUUAUAGGAACACCUGAGUUUAUGGCACCUGAGCUGUAUGAUGAGAAUUACAAUGAGUUGGUUGAUAUUUAUUCCUUUGGAAUGUGCAUGCUGGAGAUGGCGACUUUUGAAUAUCCUUACAGUGAGUGUAGAAAUUCAGCCCAGAUAUAUAAAAAAGUUUCAUCUGGAAUAAAGCCUGCUGCCCUUUCUAAGGUUAUUGAUCAGGAGAUGAAACUAUUUAUUGAGAAGUGUUUGGUUCCAGCUCCUCAAAGAUUACCCGCGAAGGAGCUUUUAAUGGACCCCUUUCUUCAACGAAAUGCAUCCGCAAAGAAUCAUCCCUUAUCACUCCCUGAUAUUGUUAUGCCCAAAAUGGGAGGCUUUGGAGACCGCUGCCUCAUGUCAGAAGCACCUGCUUCCAAAAAGAAUAGACCUUCCACGAAGGAUCUUAAUAGUGAUAAUGAGCUGCCUGUUAUCAAGUUUCUUGAUAAUUCCUUGGGCAUUGAAGUUAGAAGGACGAACAAAGGCAACGUUUUCUUGUUAAAAGGAGAGACAAAUGAUGAAAACUCUGUAUCAUUAAUACUUCGAAUAGCUGAUAAGAAUGGUCGUGUGAGAAAUAUUCAUUUUCUCUUCUUCCUCGAUAGUGAUACUGCCCUCUCAGUUUCAAGUGAAAUGGUUGAGCAACUGGAACUAGCGGAUCAAAAUGUUGUGUUCAUAGCAGAAUUGAUUGAUUUGUUGUUACUGAAGCUCAUUCCCACUCGGAAACCUUGUGUUCCCGUUGAGCAUCUGGUUCCUCUAACUAGAAGAAGAUCUUCAAGAGAUAAACAGAGUUUUCCCCAAGAACAUGAUGUAAUCACUUCAGGACCAUUUGAUGAAUCAACAAAGCAAGGUCCUUGUUCUUCGAAAUAUAAUGGAAAAAUGUCUCUUGCCAAUUUGAUGACAGAGAAUUCUGGUUCCGAGAUGUCAUUAUGUUCUGCAAACUCAAAUGAUUUGAAUGAUAAACCUAGCUCCAUUCUAUCGCUGAUGUCUGCUGAAUCAGGGCCUAUGGGGAGUGACGGAGCAGAAUUAUCUGUCGACGCUCAGAGUAAGUUGAUGAAUCCAGUAUCUUGUGAUGAUUCUGAAGACGAGGAGUUAAGAAUGGAGCUGGAAAUGAUUGAGCUGAUGUAUCAAGAAGCAAUGAAAGAAAUAUCUAAGAGAAGACAUGAUGCUAUCAUGGACACGCGAAGAAGAUUGUCUCAGAGGAAGAUGCAGUCGGAUAAUAAUUAGUUCAUUUUCAUCCCCCACCACAAGAGAGAAAUGGUAAAUGGCCCUGCAAAUGUACAUAUUCUGAUAUGGGUACAUAGGAUCCACUUGGUUUUUAUUUUAUUUUAUUCUUUUUCUUGUUGAUGAGUGGUAGGAACUAGGAAGUCAUUGUUAAAUACAACAUUUUGCUUUUCGGAAAUCGAGAGCUUGAAGUUUGUUCUUCAUUUUAUAGAUUCCCUGGAUUUAUUAACAUUUGGAAUAAUUAGGGCAUUUCCAUGUUUGUAUAGCUCCAAUA